UGGAACAAGAACUGAUUGAACUCUUGUUGGCUUCUAAAAAGGCACUUCAAACAGGCCAAUCGAUAUGUGCACAAGCAAAUCAUUGGUUACAGACAUCAGAAAACCAUGUGGAGACCAUCACUAAAGUAUAUCCCAAGUUGGUCUUUGCUGAUAACCAUAUUCUUGUCCAGUUGAGUACUUUGGAUAAGGUCAAAGACUAUUUAAUGUCGAAUGUAGAUCAUUGCAAGACUCGUAUUAAAGAACGUGAAUCUCAUCUACAAGCACUGACGAUGGAAUUGACAACCAUUUUCAACUUGUUGAAACAGUGCACCAUUGAUCCUGAUAUCCUCAGAGUCAAUCAAGAGAGAGCCAAAGAUCCACAGCAAUACAGUUGUUUGUUUGAUUAUAUUUCUGACCAAGAAAUCAUUGAACUGCAACAACAAGCCGAUGAUGAAAUAGGCGACAUGGAGACAGCCAACAAUGCAUUACAAAACCAAGUGAAAUGGUUGUCUGGUUUCAUGUCAGACAUCACCAAAGCGCGUACUAAAUCACUAGUGAUUCCAUUAGAUGAAGCCACAGCAGCUUAUUCAAGUGAAAAGAUCCAGAUCCAAGAAGAUGAGAUCUCCAACAUGGCAGAUAUCUUGACAAGCUUAACCAAUCAUUAUGAUCAAUUAGGAGAAGCAACAAGAAUGUACCAAUCAGAUCCAGAAGGAAGACAUGCCUUGGAUAUCACUGUCUUACAAGAAGACCAUGAACACAUACCCACUAUUUUGGAAGAACUCAAGCAUAGUUUGGCUAUUGUCGAAUCCAUCAGUCAAGAAAUACAGACACGAAUGGAAGUCUAUUUACAAGUCAAGACUGAAUUACUCAAGAUAACACAUCAAUUAGAGACAUUCAGUACAGGUCAAGCAGAUAUUAUUCUAGAGAAAUUAGCAGAUACAGACAUGGAGAUCAAAGAGCGAGAACUCAAUCUGGACGAAUUCUUUAAGCAGUUGUCUGCCUUGGCUGAAUGGUAUCAAUGUUAUGCCUCUUCUUAUAAUUAUCUGUUGUUGGAGAUAGAAAGAAGAAAAAAGGCUGAAGAAAGACAAGAAGCUCAAAGAAGAGAAUUGACGAAAGCCUUUGAAGAUGCUUAUCAUGACGAAUUACAAGAGAGAAGAUCUUGGUCUGCUCAACAUGGACAAUACUUGCCAGAAGUGUUGUGUCCUUUUAUCAAUGAUCCCCCUUCCAUGCUGACCAUCCAAGUCAAUGAAUCAAGCACUCAUAGAUUGCCUGAAUUAUUACCUGAAAAUGUACAAAAGGCACUUUCUGAAAUACAUAAUACACAUUAAAAUUUUUAUUUAUUUAUUUAUAAACAAA